AAGAGGAGAGGAGAGCGAGAGAAGAGAAGACAAGAGCGAGAGAGAGAGAGAAGGAGAGAGGGGGAGAAUGUAUGGUGAAAGGGUAGCGCUUCCUUGCUUGUUUCCAGGGCCUUAGUGAAUAAACCAUGGGAUGCAUCGGCUCCAGAACCCUCACAGCAGAUGGGGUCCCUGUGCAAAAAGAUGGAGAGCAGUAUGGCCGAUCAGACUUUUCAUGGGAAGGAAUCAAUCUGUCUAUGGAAGACACCACCUCCAUCUUGCCCCGGCUGAACAAGAGACACUCCAAUGCUUUUGGGAUCGGUGCUCUGGCUAAGUCGUCGCUAACAGGUGUGACAGGGACGACACGCUCCAUGAAGGACAAGGUGACGAAGCCCACGGCGAUGGCGCAGGGCCGGGUGGCACACAUGAUCGAGUGGCAGAACUGGGGCAUGAACACAGUGGGCCCAGGCGGCUACACGGGCGUCCGCGCCUCCUCCCUGCAAAUUCAGCAGGAGCGCAAGAUUGAGAACGACGCCUACAGCGACCUAAGCGACGGGGAGAAGGAGGCCCGCAUGGCCGCAGGAGUCUUGCAGCAGUUUGCUAUCUCCGAGGCAACCCUCAUGGCAUGGACCUCGAUGGAUGGCGAAAGCAUGAGUGCAGGCUCCAAUCAGGGCAGCGUGGCCCACCUGAGCGAGACCAAUCAGGAGAGCAUCACCAGCAGAGAUCAGAUUCUCCACCACUCCUCUGCAGAGGUAUGGCCCCAUACGUACGUAUCACAAGGCCACUACUGCCUCUCUACUUCGGACGCCUGGGAGCCAAUCAGCAACGAGCCCUCCGGCGUGGCCUCCCCCGCCACUGGCUCGUAUGUGAUGGCGGGCGGGACUUCCUGUGAGGGAACCUUUGACGGUAGUGGCACUGGCGUUUUCCUGUCUCAGCAGCAGCAGCAGCAGCAGCAGCAUCUCGCCCUCCAGCACAGUCAACAGAUCUGUCAGCAGAUCCAGCAGCUACAGCAGUUACAGCACUACCAGCAACAACAGCUGUUACAGUAUCAGUCCCUGGAACAGAGGCUACACAGCGCCACUCACUCUUUGCAAGCCACACCCAACAGCACCAUCCAUAGCUUGCAGCGCCCCACACACCCACCAUUGGUGGACCUGUGGGGGGCGGGUCCAAUGGAAGGCUAUCAGUCAGAGGUGGGAGGGUUUGUGGGUGUGGCCACCGCCUCAGAGGGCGGUCUUAACGCGCUGACCGCAGAGGACGUAGUGAAAGACCACUUGCCUUUGCUGGAGACUCAAGAGGAGGAAGAGGUCAAGGAAGAGGAAGUAACGCUGUGCUUGGAGCCUGAGACUGUCACUCUAAGCCCCUCCCCUGUGCACGGGACCCCGCCCACUGGAAACAGCAGUCCCGGACCAGCUCCAGGGGAACCCAUCACAGAGCGGAAAGCCUCUGAUGUCACCCCCUCUGCCAUGAUGGAGGCGAACCAGGAAGUGAUGGAGGGAUCAUCAGUAAUGUACACAACUGCCAACUGAGUGACAGGUGCGAAAGAAGGACUUUCGGAGGGAUACAUCUCACACUCAAAUAACCAGUUACCUAUCAAUUAACCCUUUGAUUUUCAGGUAUUACACACUUUUGUCAUGAGGAGGCAACAAUGGAACUGGAUAUAAGGCCAGAUGAACUUGAUGCGGAGAAGAAGUUGACAGUUAAUAUAAAAAGAAAUAUGAAUCAUUUUUUUUCUUCUUUUUUUUGUGGAAGCCUUAGAUCCCUGAAAUGAGAACAGACGCCAUGAGAUGGAAGGGAGGACAUUGGAAGAGAGAGACAGAGAGAGAGAGAGAGAGAGAGAGAGGGGCCGUAAAAACGUCUUGAGUGUCGUGCAUGAUUUUAAUAAGGAGGUGUCUUACAAAAUAUUAACAUUAUCUAGUAAUAAGAUAUGUCGAUAAUAAUAAUAAUUUUGUACUAAAGCAUAAAAUCUACAAAAACAAAUAUAUAUAUAACUGUAAGAGACAUGAGCCACAAGAGGAAAUCAGAUUUAUUUCCCUUCCCAAGUCAACUAAUCUCCUAAAAUUGAAGUGAUUGAAAUCAGGCAUAGAAUUAACAGCCAAUUCCCAACCUCCCCCAUAAACUUAGGACCCUGUCAUUGUAGUCUUUCUUUGGUCAUAAACAGAUGUACGCAUACAUACAGUCGGAACCUGUGUAUGCUCUGGGACUGCUUUACUGAGUUUUACUGAUGCCUUUGAUUUGUCCCUGUCAAACAUCAAUAUUAACAUGUCUAAAUCGUAAACGAAAAUUCGAUUCAAUGUUACUUCAAUACACAGAGGCCACUUUGAUAUUAUUAACUUUUCCUCCAGAAAAAAAAACCAAGAUAUGGUCCUUCUCUGCUGGUUGUCACUAAACCAGACAUAAAGACUGAGAUAAAACAGCAGCCCCUUGACGAAGGAACACACACACACACACACACACACACACACACACACACACACACACACACACACACACACAAAGACACAUACACACUGCUGCACAGUAUUGCAUUGUAUCAUAGUGUGCUUCCUACUCUGUCCUUUGGUAUGCAUGCUGUCUGCUAUGCUGUCUUAUGGCGUGCUAAGAACACUGUAUAGGGUUUUGCACUGAAUCCCAGGACGAGUAAGCUGAGAUUCUCUGGCAGGAAGAAUCGUACAGAUUAAAUAGGAAGAAAACAGGCUUACUUUUGCAGUCAAUGUGGCAAGCAGAGUUGGGUUGCCUCAAAAAAACACUUCCAUAAAAUGUACAGUCAGGAAAGAGUAGGUGUGUUAGAGGUCCAUUCUAAAGAAUGACCUGGGGGGCUAAGAGAAUGUUUCCGACACAGAUGUACACUUCCUUGAAGAGGUUAUAAUAGUUGAACGUACACAGGAAUCCUCGGGCUGUCUUGGAGCUGUGGUCUUUCAGGGCCACCACAUCAACUGGAACAGUAUGUCUGAGGUCACCAUGACAACUGGAACAGUAUGUCUGAGGUCACCAUGACUUCAGUGGGAGGACACGUCAUAAUGGACAUACUUUUAUGCCUUUGGUUUCAGGCUUCAACCCAUCUGUGGUCACCUGACUAUACCUGGAUUCAUGUAAAUACAAAUCACAUUCACAUUUACAGCCAUAGGACUAACUUGUUUAUUUUUGUACUAACCUGCUGAAUCUCAAAUUCCUUGUUUUGUUUGGAUCAUAUCAGUUUUUCCUGGACAGACAGCAACUGGGUUUAUUUGACAACAACACUGCUCUGGCAAUGGGGACGUACACAGACGCAGACCGUGGGGAGAUGUAAAUAUUGCAAUGGUUGAAAUGGAAAACUCUGGAAUAUCACUGCAGCUUUUGAGACUCCUUCAGCAUGAACGCUGGGGGUGCGGAGGGACUGAUCGAGGUACAGGAGGCCUCUCGACCUUGUGUACAACUCAGGCCAAUCAGGACUCAGAAGUGAGUAGGUGUCUUCCCGUUUCGCAGCUCCGGCUGCGGCUGCGGCUGCGGGCGCAGUGUGUGGGCGGACUCUUUGCUGCUUGAGUGAGGUAUGCAGUGCGGUUAUCUGAAUUUGCAAGUGUGUGCUGGGACUGAAUGCGUUUCUGCAGUAGACGAGGAGAGAUCGCUCAAGGGCAUCCAGACAAAUCUGCAUGAGUCACUGGCAAACAUGAGACAAAACCGUUAUGAUUCUUUCUUUGGAGACAUCCUCCUUUUCACCUUUUUGAUGAUUGUGUGUAAAAUUCUGAGGGGAAAAAACUAACAAACAAUGCUUAUAACAACCUAAUUCUGAAGUUUAUUGACUUCAAUGAAUUUAUUUAUUGAUUGAUUAUUUAUGCAAUGUUGGGACAAUGUUUAUUUUUCUACUGAAUUGUGGGUACCCCUCCUCCUAUAUGUUGGAGCGCAUGUUAUUGGUCGGACAGUGGUCAUAGCAGCAACUCAAGGCAACCAGCAGAUGUGAAGCCCAUUUGCUCUGUAGGUUUCUGACCAUGGUUUCCCUGAACCACAGCCUUCAGCAGCAGCUCCAUAACAGGAUUGUAAACAUGACAUCAGCUCCAGCGAGAGCUUCUCUGGAGUCAUGGCAACAGGUUAUGCUGUUGUCCACCCAUGAGUCCUCUCCGGUCUGUCCAUAGAGAGACAAAAGAGUAGAGAAAAAAACAUACAUCCACAGCAUGAAGCUGCUUGAGCCUUGGGUCAGGGAAACCGUUGUCUUCAGUUGCACACUGGGCUUCUCUGUCUUCGCUUGGUGCCAGGGUUGAGCUGACAGACACCUGUGGCCCGUGAGAUGCGUUCGUUUAUUUAUUUCAGAAUUAUUUGGAGGAGGGAUAACUUGAAGCCUAUACAAACUUUGAUCUUUUAGUCAUGUAGGUAGCCUUUCUCUGAGGCUGUAUCAUCCCCCGUCUUGUCCUGUUGUUCAGUCUCCUUUGUUCCAUUGUUCCUCCCUGCGAGGAUGUGAGAGAAAAUGGAACGGGAGAGAGAGACGGAGAGAAAGAGAACAUCCUUCUGGUAAACGGGAUAAAAUCCUAUCCUGUGGAGAGCCAACCCAAAUUCUCUUUCGCUAUUGUUCUUGCACAUCCUUUCAGCUCACGUUGGCAAAGUUGCCACAGGGAUUUGUGGUGAGAGUUUAUGCUAAGAGGUAAAACCACCCCUGUGUGCUAAAUAAAAUGACAAGGAAGGUAUCCUAGCGGGCUGUGGAGUCAGUCUUUAAAUAGCCAAGGGCACACUUGGAUUGGCACCAUAGCAGGUGGCCAGUAAAGUCCAUUAUCAUGGAGGAAAAACAAUGUUUGAAGGACAGGGCAUAACUACUCCUUUGACUCAUUGUGGAGGGCUUGUAUUGUGUGACCUUGAGGAGGUGUGUGAAGGUCAUCUCCACAGGGAGGGUUCUGAGUGGUGCAGCACCUGACGAAGGAACACACUCCUCUCCUGUGUGUGACAUCUCACACCAGAUUUACACACUUGAUAACAGGCAGCUUAUAAUAACCCUGAAUGUGAAGGGGUUAGAGUUUUAUAAUUUUUUCCUAAUGGAUCGAAAAGCACGUUGAUGCAAACAACACUGAUUCGGUAAAAGCGGCCAAUGACCCGUGAUUCUAGUCUGCACUUUGUUAGAAGAACACUCAGAGUGUUGAAUCGAAGAUGGCUACAGUGCACUAAAUAAUGUCUUCACUUACAUGCCAUUGAGUAAAUGAUGUCUGCACUUACAUUCCAUUGAGUAAAUGAUGGGGUGAUACAGCUUCAGUCUACAGGUGUUUUACUGCUCUUUAUGUCAGAUAAGAAAUAUUAUGAAUUAACUUAAUAACGAGAAGCCAAAUGUAUUUCCUUAGAUGUUACUGUUAAUUAAUUAUGUGUUUACAGUUUUAGCCACUUGAUUUAAGACUGGGUUUUGUUCUGUUUGUUUGUCUCUUUUUUGUAUGAUUCUACUUCCAUGUUUCAAUAGAAAACCAUCCACAUGCAUGUCUCUAUGACUGCUUUCAGUUGUCUUUCUUUCUCCGCAUUCUAUCUCUUUCUCUCACUCUUUCUUAAACUGUCACUCUUGUCUCCUCUUGUCCUCUGUAAACUUUUGUCCUUCUCCCCAAUCCCCUCUUUUGGUUUGUUUGUCUGUCCGUCUGCUCUUCUGUCUCUCUGUGUCACUGUGUUAUCCACUGUGUGGUGGGAAAAAAAAAAGUGAAGCCCAGAAAACGUCUUAUAUUUGUUUUGUUUUUGUACACAAAUCAGGCAUGAACAUGCCGAAAAGGGUUCAUAAAGUUCAAAUAGAUGUUUUGAAAAUGUGCCGUAUCAGCGAAACCUAAACUUCAUUUCGCGGGGGAGUGAAUUGAUCUGAAUGUAUCUGUGACUGGAAUAGUGUUUUUCUGAGGCACCCAUACCUACCUAUGCAUGCUCGUCUGAAGGUUGUCAAAAAGAUGGUCCCUUCAAUGUGGUUUCACUCCUUUGUGUUUCUCUCUCUCUCUCUCUUUCACUCUUCCCUCUCCUUUUCCUGCAUGAGAAACCACCUCCAUCCCCUGACCCGACACCCAAAACAUCCCCUUCCCAAAUGAAAAUAUGGAGAAAAAAACAAAUAAACAGACAAAUGACCACA